GCGGUAAUUUAAACUGAAACAUGUCACUCGCUCUUUUAUGGCCGGAACAGCAAAAGAUCACACAAAUUUUCAGGUACGGAAACUAGAUAGCUCCUGUACUCACAAAAUUAUCAAGCUUUACUGCGUGCAAAAGUGACAAGAGGAACAAGCCAGGGCAUGGGCCAAGGGUGGAACUUUCUCUUCUGCUUGUUUUGUUGACAAUAAACAAAAUCGGUCGAGAGACAACAUCUGAAAGGGAUAACGAAAAGCACAAGAGUAAGAAACGUGUUUGCACUGGACAUCAACGUGUGGACAAGCGCUGCCAUUUCAUUAUGUUCCAUCUCCACAAGCGUCACACCAGUGUUAGUUAUUUCCACAUAACCUUUCCAGAUUACUGUCCAAAAAUGACUAAAUCAGGUAAUAUGCAAUCUAAUCUAUCUAACUUCCAUUUUAAUCUUACAAAUCAAUAUUGAUAUUUUCUUCCCUUUUUUUUCCAUUUAUUCAUGCUUGGCCUUCGAUUUUAACAUGCAAUGGAUAUCGAUAGUUUUGAAGCAUUAAUGAUUGAUAGUAUCAAUCAUAGAUAUUAUUAACAAACGCGAAUAUACUGAUAGAGACCAGUAAAUAUCUCCUCCAUAUAUUGUCUUCCUGUUACAGCUAUUUAUUACUUCCUUUAGUUUGAUACAUACCCGACAAUUAUACAGUUUUGCUAAUUAAAAUUAGUACCUCCUCUAGUGUUUGCGAAAUCAUUGUUAGUAUAAUUAAACACACAGAAAGAUGGGUAAAAAGAAGUCAGGUACUGACGUAACCAAUCACAAGUUCCUAAAUAUAUAACAGACAACCGACCAAAAAGAUAUAGUAACAGAGUACACAUACAAUGGGUAGAAAAAGGAACGUGAAGGAAGGACACAUUGGUCAAUACAAGCAAGAACUAGUUGUCUAUUUAUUAUAGUAAUAAUCGCUAACACACACACACACACACGUAGAUGAAAAGCAACAUUCUUCUUCCGUAGUUGAGCGUGUAAAAAGCCAAAGUUCAAUUAGGCACAUGAUCCCACAAUGGAAGAAACAACAACAACCAUCAUGGCUGCACUCUCCACCCUCACUCCUUCCAAGUUCUCAGAUCUUACCCACUCCAUUCUCUCAGCCACCCACCACCACAAUCACCGCCUCUCUACCCUCCUCUCUUCCCCAACUCUUUUUUCUUUAACGCUUCACCAUCUUCACUCUCUCUCUCUCCCCCAAAAGACCCUUCUCAUUGCCCGCCACCUCCUCUCAUGUCUCCACCACCUCACCCGCCACAUCCAACCACACAGCGCCACGUCACCGCCGCUUCCUCCGCCGUUGUCCACCGCCAUCAGGCAGCGUGAGCUCGACGCCGUUUUGCUCCUCCUUUUGCUCUGCGAAACACACAAUCACACUCCAGAAGCCCUCGACGCACCCUUUUGCGAUUGGAGGGGAAAGUUGAUCAACCUUUUCACUGAGACAUUGCUGACGCUUUCUUGUUCUCCUUCUGCACCACCCCUUGGGGCGUGUGAAGGGACGAUCUUGAUUCCCUUCGUUGAGACGGUGAGCCGGUGCUGGAGACUGGUGGGUUCGCUGGGUUGUGGAGGCGGUGAAGGGAAGGAAGUGAGGGAGGUGGCAGCGUCGGCGGCGACCGUGGUGGCACUGCCGGCGAUGGAGGUGAUGGUGGGUGGGAGAGAGUGCGUGAUAUGCAAAGAGGAGAUGAAAAUAGGGAGGGACGUGUGUGAGUUGCCAUGCCAGCAUUUGUUUCAUUGGAUGUGCAUUUUGCCGUGGCUGGGUAAGAGGAACACGUGUCCUUGCUGCAGGUUUCGGUUACCGUCCGAUGAUGUCUUCGGAGAGAUCCAACGGCUCUGGGAAGUCUUGGUUAAAAUGGGUACCAAAGGAUAGGCUAGCUAGGAUGAUUCCUUAACCCUAUAGUUAAUGUUGGACAAUCAUUUUUAUUUGUUACUUCACAAAUGAAUUCAAGGAAGCACUAGAUGGCGCAAUUUGUCAGGAUCAAAGGGAGGUGGGGCCCACAAUCUAAGGCUCGUGAUAUUUGUGAUGAGAAGAGGAUCAAUGUAAUGGUUUGCAUGUGUGUUUGGUGUUUAUGUUUUUGACCUCAGACAGGGACUCCUGUGGUAGAGAGGCCAGAGGGUAUGACUGUGUGGCCAAAUCAAUGGAAGGAUAGAUAGAGUACAAGUGUGAGGUUCAUAAUCAAGUAAUCUUGCAUGUAUAAUGUUAAGUAUUAGUACUCAGACAGAUAUUAUCAUAUGUCCAUAGAUAGAAUCAUAAAUUGCAACGACUUUCAGUUUCACAAUGUGUGCCUCGUUAUUGCCUCUUCAUUUGCAUUAAUUGCUUAUUUUCAGUUGGCCCAUUAUUUAUGGAUUUAUGUCAAUGAUUUUGAUGUGCCCUAAAAUGGACAAACAAAUCCAAGUUGCUCGGCGUUCUCCUUUCACCGAAGUUUCAUUUCCUCUCCUUUCUGCAGCUUUCUUUUAAUAAAAUCUAACCAUUCAAUUUUUAUAUUCUUCCAUAAUCAAAUGAGCAAGCCAAAGUAUGUAAACGCAUCCUUCUAUCUUUCUACUAAAACCCCUUCUUGACUGUAUUAGAACAGUCAUGUUAACUUUAUUCCUAAUUCACCAUUUGCUACCUUGCCAAACUAAGACAAAGGAAAAAGUUAAGCACAUCACUUACCUUGGACAUUACACUUUACUCAAAUUUUGUUAACUAUCAUUAUUCUACUCUUAUGCAAAAAGUGUAGGAAAUAAACUGAGAAAAAGGAAGAAAUAUUUUAUUUGGGUCAGGGUGAGGAAAAUAAUUGAAGAAUGGAAAGAGCUUUUUCCAUUUUUAGAAAGGUAAGGGCCGAAGGGGGGAUUGAGGGAAUAAAGUUGCGGAAGAAGCCCAAUACUUAUCCAUCUAACGAAAACAUUGGUUUUUUGUGGAAUUAAUUGGGCAAUCAUCAUUUAGCCCAUAAAUAGAUGGAUCCUAUACUCUAAGGCGGAUCCGUCCAUUUAUUCAAAUAUUUGAUUUUUAUUAGACCAAAAAAACAAUUUACGAUAUUAUUUUUAAAAUAAUUUUUUAUUUCACAACUAAUUUUUUUAUUUGAAUUUAGUCCUUCACGAUUUUAAUUUCUACAAUAAAAUUCUUCUAUCGGUUUUUGAGUUUUUAUUUUCACUUAAAAUUAAGAAAUUCUAAAUGCUUAUUUUCUUGGAACCCUAUCAUCAAAUCCCAUAAAAUAAAUUUAAUUUUAUCCAAAUUUUAAAUUUGAAAUAUUUCAAAUCAUUUCUAUCUCAAAUAUAUCAUAUAUAAACAUUCAUUUUUUUAAUAGAAAAUAAAGAUGCAGAUUUGGAGUAAAAGAAAACUGAUGGACGGACUUAAUUAUAAUCAUUUAAGAGAUUAGGGGAUUCAAUUCAAACAAAAACGUAACUAUUAUUUCUAGCUCUUCCGCUGCAAAACAAUUAUUUAUUGGGAAAAAAUAUCAGAGUUUAUUGUGCUUUAAAUAUUUGGCAUACAAUAUGCACAACAUCAAUUAAUCAUGGCUUCCUUUUCUUUUUCUGAAUGGCUGUCAUCACGUAACAACAUCUCAAUCAUCAUUUAUUCAAGUUUAUGUAUAGUUUACAAUUUUUUUUACAGUCGAGAAAAGACCCAUACCUUUUUCCUUUUCCUUCAGAUUACACAAUAGAAAAUGCCCAUAGACUAAUAUACCCUGUACCCAAGAGAUAUAAGAAAAAGAUCUCUCAAUUUGAAAUGAGCAAGAGCCAGUUUGUUUAUCAUUCAAAAUUAAUUUUGUACAUUUUCUUAGACUCAAAACUCCGUUGCAAUGUAGAGUAUUAAAAGGAGAAAAUUUUCAAUUAUGUAAAAAGGAAAUUAGCUGACACAUAGAAACAAGGCACUAAAAUCUAUACCUUCUCCAACUCAUUCUUAUAUUAAGUUGAAUGUGAAUGCCUCUUUUGAUAUAAAUGGUAAGAUGAUGACAUAAUCAAUUGACUCCCUAGAAGCCAUUGCAAUAAGAGAAGGCCUGACUUUCUUGUCUACUUGGAACUUCAAUUAUGUAUAUGUAGAGGGAAAUUCUCAAUUGAUUAUCCAGGCACUUAAUGAGAGAGCUUCAUUUUUGUCAGCAAUGGAAUUUUUACUAGAAGAUAUCAUAAAGUAUAGUGAAAACUUAGUUCAUGCACCUUUCAUUGGACAGAACAACACAAAAAUAGAGUUGUUAAUGCUUUGGCAAAUUUUGGUAGAAAUAUAAAUUGUUGGAUGGACAUUCCUCCAUCGUUUAUUUUAGAUGCACUCUCUUUUGAUAUUUAAUAAAUUUGUAUCUUAGCAUUAAAAAAAAUGUUAAACAG